UAAUAACAGGCGACCAGAGCCCGGACUCUAGCAAUUACAGAGCAGAGAUGUGCGGCGGUUGGGCGUGUGCUUCAUAUGCGAUUGCCUGCAACACUCAUCGUUUGUCCAAUGUGCGGUAUACGGGUCGCUGCUUUGCGCCCACGCCCUGCGGCAUCUAUGACAAUUGCUCCGCAUGUGGCUGUGGCGGCGGCUGCUGCGGUGGCGGUUGCUGCGGCGGCUGCGGCUGGUAACGCCAGAACUAACAUAGACGGCUAGCCGCCAACUGAUAACUGGGUGCUGUAAAAAUUUGAGAAAAGCUGGCCUUGAAUUUUUCGGAAUAUGAUUCAAGUCGACAAUGUUGUCAGGCCUACAAAAAUUAAAGCAGUCUGGUCUUGGGUUGUGGGCCGAACGCUCACCUCAAAAUUUUUAAGUUUCAAGA